AUGAGUAAAUUUCCAUCAUAUGAGGACCGGCCCUUAAAGGGAAAAGAUACCGGACCCCCAGAUGUUUACCCACAAAAACCAAAUCAACUUGAGGAUGCUUUAACUGAUCAAUUAGUCAAAGAUGGAUUUAAGUACAACAAGCCCGUUGUUGAUGAAUACAAAUCAGGUAGAAAAAACUGCCUUCCUCAGGACCUGGACUCCGUUUGGGACCUGUACUAUAAUAUACUUGUUCUCAAGGCUCAAACUGCCCCUGCUUUUGAGCCGGAAAACUCGCCAGCCCCACUAAAAAUUUACUCAGGGAUGGACAAAGAAUGGGCUCAGCUCAAGGAUUGGCUUUCUGACCUGUCCGGGGCAAACGCUAACAGACGCAGCACUAUCUUUGACACAAGUAAAGCAAAGAUUCUUGCAGAGCUCACAACACGUCGAUUUCCCUUGUCCCUUGCUUUACGGCUAAUUAAUAAACUAAUUAUUCACACUACGGCACCUCUUGAGAACCUAAAAAAGAAACAAAAACUUGAUCCUACAAUGGAAUGGACCGAGGAACUGUUGAAAAUGAUAGACAAAUUGUUCACUGGGGAUUUAUCUAAUAUUUCUGCCAAGUUUGAAAGUAUUUGUGGUGACUGGGAUUACCUCUUUGGAUUACUGCUGGCAUUGUACGACAAUGAUCUCGUGGAACAUUGGGAUGUAUUAAAGUGCCUCGCAUCAAAGCUUGAACAUUUGUAUAAGAGUUGCUCGAAAUCAACACAACAGGACUGUCCAUCUUUUUGUUCGUCCAAAGAUCGCUCCAAUCAAGCUGCAUGUGAUCCCCUUCGAAGUCUAAAAUUCGUCUUGCCAUAUUUUCAGCGAUUUUGUCUUCGUUUUACUGAAAGUGAGCUUCUGACUCGUCGCGUCCUUUACUGGUCUUGCUACGUUUUCUCUGAAUUCGUUAACGGCUGUAAACUUCGCGCCACACCAAAUUGUUCGUUCGACAAACCUGAAGACUAUACCGAUCUCUUUGUCUGUGCUUAUCAUCGGCCCUUGCUCCUUUCUAUCAGCAGUAUUAUUAUCUCACUAACUCUGAACUGCCCAUCUGCUGCUGUCUGGAAUAAGAUAACAACAGAAACCAACCACUCCUACCUCACUGGAUCUCCCUUAGACCUCCUUCCCUGCUCUCUGGCAUUCCUCCCGAUUCCACCUGGUCCUGAGGCACCCUACUUUAGGAAAUGUUUAAUUGAAACGGAGACUGCCCUUCUUGAACGCGGAAGACUUGCCGAGAGUGGUUGGUGCCUGUUCCCCCCUCGAGCACUCACAUCAAACGAGUGCACGGAUGAAACAAAUGCUGAAAUAUUUGUUCGUGUAUUGGACGAACUAGAUUUUCAGGACUUCAGCAUAACCCGUGAGACUCACCCGAUCGAUGGCCUCUUCAAGAAGCUUUUUCUUCCGGAACUUCUCCAAUCGCCUCGAUCCCUCUCGGCUCUGGUUAUUUUCCUCUGCAAGUGGGCCGUUUCCCCAACCCGGACUGGACUGUACCGAUCGAUAAUCGUUGCAUGUUUACUCGAACACCUGCGUUCCAACCUGCCCGGAGGUCAGCUCCUCGGUUUCACCUUUCAAACCUGCCUUCUCACAUUCCUUGACCAAUACGCCCCCACCAGCCCCACAGCAGAGCCCGCCGCUUUCCGGGCUCUUGUAUGUCUCUUUGCCGAGCUGAUUGACCGCGGAAUUUUCAAUCACGACGCCUUCGUGCGGACGUACAUAGCUCGCGGUGUUUUCGAUAGUUCGCUUCACCCACUUGCCAACAAUGACCACGCCUCCGUUCCCUCCACGACCCUCCACACCUCGAACAACAUUAGUAAUUUUUCUAUUCAGUCCGAGAUAUCGGAGGAUAAUGACCGCAAUAGCGUGGAUAAUCCCGAUUCCGUCCGUUCUGAUCUCUGCGGCGGCGCCGGCGGCGGCCUUCCCCUGCGGCAGUCCCCUGACCUCAACCGACACCUCCAGUACCUCAUUCACUUUCCGCUUCCUCAGGACGAAUCCUACGCUCACGAGCAAAAUCAGCGCGCGCAGCUCCUCUACGGUAGCAGUAUGAGGGCACAACUCCGGUCUCGGGAUACCCUUCGAAAGUUGUCUCGGGACAUCGGGAAACUCUUUACCAAAAGUGCCUACCGCCUUGACGUUGUCCACGGUGAAUUGGGAAAGCGGAAAAGGAACAGGGAGCGAAGUAUGGACUUGAGUGGAACGCCGAACAACAGUCAACGCAGUAGCUUCGGCACGACCAGCAGCGCUAAGGAAUCACGCUCUCUUGAAGACCUGAUUGAGGUCAUCCAGACUCGCUUUCGAAGCCUCAAUUACUAUGACAUGGAAUGUGUUAUCUCAAAAAACAUGCCUACUUACCUCCGUGUGUUGUCCGGCACCACCUCCGCCUCCGUCUCAGCCGGGGGCGGUGGCGGUGGCGGACUUGGUGAUGUCGCAACCGAAUCUUUCCACACCGAUGCCUCAGUCGCCGCUUCGUCACCGUCGACUUUCAACUCAGGUCGUGAUCCCAUCUACUACCCCGUUCACUCCAGCAUUUUUCUUUUUCUUGAGUUAAUUGAAACCUCCCUCAAUAUCAUAUGUCUCCUAGACACGGUCGCAGACACCCUGGAGCGCCUUCAAGCCUCCUCCCCCGCUGCACCGUAUCCCAGUAUGAGUUCCUAUCUGUCUCUCAUUUGGCUGCGAGCCAUCGGCGUGCUUCGUGCCCAUCAGGCGGUAUUGCUCACCCAACCGGAUUUGCAGCAACGGAUUUUCGCUUGUUUGAUCGAGCAGUUGCGACGAGGUGGCCAUGAGAGGCUUCAAAGUCGACGGUGCAUCUUGGCGUAUUUGAAAGACCUCUCCUACUCCAGCGCUUACGUCAAACGGCUUUGGGUUGUGUGGAGCCAGACCCUCCGUUCUGGCGACUCUCAGGAGGCGGGAGUACAACCGUCGCCCCAGCGUGCCUUCGAUUCAAUCUUUAACCAGAUCUCACUUGGCAGGCCUUCCGAGAUUGUGAUCAGUCUGCGCGAGAAUUCUGAAAGGCGCAAGGUCGUAGUACACGACACCCUGAAAGAGGUACUCCAAUACCGAGAUUCUGAACGAUUAGCCGCCCUCUUCGAGACAAUUGUCGACUAUUCUGUCCAGUGUAACGAGCUCGCUCUUGAGUGGUUGCCCGCCAUGGCUGCGCUCAUAGGUCCUAACACCACCACAGCAACUGUCAUCUCCUCGUCUCCCAAUUCUCCCAGCACUAAUGUGGAGAGUGGUUUGCGAUUGGAUGACCCAGUAGCCUGGGAUAAUCUCACGUCCCUUAUCGGCACCCUGCUUGCUCACAACUGCCUUGACGCGGUGCUCUUGUUCGAGAAACUCAUCAACCCUUCUUUGGCUCACGGCCUCGAUCAAAGCUCUGUCCCAGUCGACUCUCGUUUGGAACCCACUGUCCGUGUAGCUUGUCACAUUCUUCAUCGUCUCUUCACCGCAGAGACCGUCUGUCAGCCGUCUGGCCAGCAGGAGGGUCAGCAGUCGCAGUCCCUGCCCACAUUUCGCGUCUCCGAACCCCUUCUACUGACAGGUGCUCUUCAGAAAGUGGCCGAUUCGCGCGGCGCGUACAUAUAUCUCAUCGACUCUAUGAAAAUGCUCAUGAUACACAGUAACAAGGGCAUCCCGCUUGAGUUUGCAGACGAGGGCGGAGAAGAUGGCAGUGCCGCCGGUUCCGAUGACAAUUCCACCGAUAAUGAUAGAGACUCGGAUCGCGACACCGACGAUGGCCAUGCCGACAGCUCUCUUGACCUCUACGACGGUUUCGACCUGACAGACGGUCCACCCACUUCGAAGAACAAGCGGAAAAGACGGAGGGUGCACCUGGCCUCUUCGAAGAACAAGAAGCGACGUGGAGUGAACGCGAAGCGGAACUCUGCCGGGUCAAAUCUGUUCAAUUCUAGACGUAGAAAUUGGCUGCCUGGCCGGAUACACCGGAGCACGUGCAACUUCCUCACUACUGGUCAACCGCCAAGCGACAGUGAGGUUCGCGCCAUGCCGCUGCGCGAUUUCGCUCAUCUGGUUCUGCGAGAAAUAUGCGUCACGCCGUGGGUUCGGGAGAAUUUCUAUCGCAUACCUGGAUUACUGCUCGCAAAUAACGUUCUCAUCGACAAUAUGAUCUCCGGCAACCAGACGCGCUUUCUUCUGCACAUAAUCUACCACCCCCACGAUGUCAAGUGGGUCGAUUUGGCAGCUAAUCCCGAAAAUGUGGCCGAAGUGAUGCUCUCGCUGAUAUCCGGCGUCAAUAUCUGGACCCUCCACUCGACACGCAUGGAGCUGAACCUCCUGUGCAUGCACAUCUCCCCCACGUCGUCGAAGGAGGCCUUGGAUCAGGUGGCGAACAGGAUAGUCACUGGUUUCAACGAACAAGCCCUUUCCUACCUCAGGACGGCGUCUGGUGGCGCCUUUAACGACGCCUCCUCAACCUACCUCUUGCCCGAGGGCCUGCCUGAGAUUGAAAUCCCCGAGAGUGACAACAGCUGGUAUCUGCCUUCCCUCAUCGCCAAACUGCCCCACGAGCUGAAAAUGCAAAUUGUGACCAAAACCUGUGACAUUCUCUAUGGAAUCAAGCAGUUUUGGCGACACAAAAAUGACGAGGACCAGGAGCGAAUUGUGAUGGAGCACUCGAUUCUCCUUGCGCACCCAGUUUUCUCCUCCAUCCUUCACGUCUGUAUGGAGACUGUGGACCCGCUGGAGCGUCUCUACGAGCAACUCGAGUGUUUUGUCUCGGGCGUGAAGGAAACACGUGAUCGCAUGCCCGAGAACCUUCGAACACGUCACAUUCUCCAAGAGUGUCUAGCCCUGCGUCUCUCGCUUCUCGGCAUCUGCCUCUCCUCCGUGAAUCUCGCUACUGAUCGUCUCACCAGCGGUGCCCUAAUCCUCGCCCAACUCAUUGGCUUCGGUGUCACCGAGCCGCAUUCCAACCAGACCCUUUUCUUCACUUGCCUCGACAUGCUUCACACCCUGGUGCACAAUCUUGCCUCUCAGGCCGGCCCUGACAGCCAACAAUGCCAAAAUCUCGCCAAGAAGGUGCGUAAAAAGCUCGCUGAGCGUCAUUUCACCGUUGGAAUCGAGUACAUUCGUCCGCUUCUCUUCAUCGGCCGCACAGGUUUCCCCUUUGUCGCAGUAGCUCCCCUCAACGGAACUGCCGGCUCGGGCAACAGAAACGAUGGUGGCGGUGGCGGCGCAGGAAAACUUGGCGGAUCCUCGAAAUUUGCGUCUGGGGGUUCGUUCAAGGCGAAUAGCAAGUCCGGCGGUUCCAACGCCUCGAGGUACGGUGGCGGAAACACCGGCAAUUCGGGGGCUGGUAAUCUCACCUCCGGUGGUGGCGUCAAGUCCUUUUCGCGAAAACGUGGCUACGCCUUUAUCAGUCGGGAUAGGUUCGCGCCCUGGGAUAUUUACGACGUAAACCGCAGGCCCACCUUUCUGGCUAUGUGUAGUGCCGUCGAAGUUCCGGCAACUCAGUCGCGAAUUGAGGAGCAGGCGAAUUUGCUGUUGAGUCAUGAGCACCCCCUAAGCUUUCGUCGAUCGGAGGAGUUCUACCUGCAGUCGCUGUUUAACGACGCGGAGGCGUCAGUGUCUUCGGCGUCGACGGCAGCCGCUGUGGCGUCACCGAGUCCCUCUUCGUCUGGGGAUUUGACGGCGAAGCAAUUUGUUCUCGGGCCCGUGCCACCAAUGAAACGUCAGCCCGGCGUCGAGAGCCUUCCACGCCGCGCUCCGCCGCAGCAAGCUCCGCGUCUGCCCAAACCACCGACUGCGGCUGACGAUCUCAUGUACAGACAGCAGCAAGCACAAAUACGGCUUCAGACGCCCCCCUCAACCCAAACACAGCAACCAAAGCGAAAGCGGAGUCGUGCCGCGCCUCAAGAGGAGAUGCUGCUUGCUCCGCCACCCCCUCCUCCGCCACCUCCCCAACUGUAUCACCAAGGUCUCUACGGUGCGUCUCAGAAUUCCGCCAUGGCUGCAGCGCAGGCUGUCGAGUCCGCGGCUGCCGCCUCCACCGUCACGGGCAAGCGGAAGCGCCUCGGAGGGGGAAUGGCGGGCGGCGCGGGAAUCAGACGGGCCGUGCCGCAGCUCAACUACGACAACGGCGGAAUGUCCGCUGCGGUGCUGUCGCACCAGCACCAACAGCCGUGGCCACCGAGGAUGGCCGGACCGCCGCCCGCCGGAAUGCCCGGCAGGGUGCCAAAUCAGCGGCAAAACCUCUCCGACUUUGUACAGAACCGAAACAAGGCCCAACAGCAGCAGCAAAAGGCAGCUCAGCAGCAGCAACAACAACAGCAACAGCAGAUGGCUGCUGCAUUCGCGGCAGGUGUUGUGUCAAUGGAGGAGCGAUUCCCCCAGCAGGAUCCCAGGCGUGCAGGCAAUGACCCCCUCCAAGCACGCCUGACCUUCUCUGUCGGUGAGGUUUUCGCUCUUGAUUGUCCUCUCCAGUCCCUCGAUCCAUUGGGCUUGAUGGCAAACGCGAGAGUCUGGUUUAUGUCAUCAGGUCGAGGCCAGGGUGAUCCCAAUUACCCCUUCCCGGAGAUGAUGCCAUCACAAUCAGGCGGACCGUUUCCUGACUUCCAGCUGGAAUCCCAACUCCGUCAUCAACGCCAGCAGCAGCAGCGCUACGUCGGAGGUCAACAGCAGGUGGUACCAGAUCCACCACCCUACCCUGGUCGGGUGCAGCACCAGGCGAAGGCCACUCCGAUGAUGCAGAUGCUGAGCUCAGCCCCCUCGUCGGCCGCCAUGUCUGGGCAGCACCUGCCCUCACGGUCCACGCCUGCAAACGUGACUUCCUACAUGAUCCCCCAAACACAUCGGACUCCCUUUCCAGGGGGGGAGCACCCCAGGCCGCCUGCUCCCCCACCACCCAACACCAUCUCUUCCUCCUCCUCCUUCUCCCGACUCUACGACACCGGCGACUACCGCUAG